AUUGUGGAUCGUUUCUUCGAGUAGGCGGCGGGAUUAUAUUCGUAGAAAAUUUCAAUGAAAAAAUACAAAAUUCUGGUUACAUUUUAUGUAUGAAUAGUUUUGAAGGUACCUCUGUGUAGCAGACGAGUGCACUCAAAAUCCCAGUAGUUCCUUUGGGGAGUCAGCGCAGGACAGCAGCGGAUCCGAUGGCCAACUUGGAUGUGAACACAACGUCGCCGAUGGCCGGGCGGCGUCUCCACAGAGACGUGAACCGGCUGCUGGCCUCCGGCUACCUCACCACCACGGACAAGGACAUGGCCAAUCUAGACGUGCGCUUCGAGGGGCCGCUAGGCACCGCCUACGAGGGUGGCGUAUGGACUAUAAACGUGUCCAUGCCCAAGGAAUAUCCCUUGAAGGCGCCGCGGGUCCGUUUCGUCACCAAGAUCCUGCACCCCAACAUUGAAUUCACCACGGGCCUAGUUUGCAUGAACGUCUUCAAGCAGGCUUGGUCCUCCAACUACGACCUGGUGAACAUCUUUGAUACCUUCCUGCCCCAGCUGCUGCGUCAUCCUAACCCCCAUGACCCUCUCAAUCAUCGCGCCGCCGCCAUCAUGCUGGACUCGGAGCAACAAUUCCACGAGCAUGUCGUCCUCUGCGUAAAGAUGUACGCCUUGCCUCCCGCCGUCAAGCCCCAAUCCCAAAUGGACGAUGGCCUGGAGAAGCGCUCCUCGGACCUCAGCCUUUCCGAUCUCCUCUCUGAUGACGAAUGA